UUCUAUAUAAUUGCUACACUUUCAUCAUCAAAUUGGCACCCAUGGGAAGCAUGAAGGUGCAUCAGUUUGCACGUGGAUUUUGGGAGCAUGAACCAUCCCUCACGCUUGGCUGCAAGCGUUUACGCCCUCUUGCGCCCAAGCUCUCCAACACCGACAAUACUCCCACCACCGUCCCCCCUUUCGAUCUCAAGAGCUUCAUCAGACCUGAAAGCGGCCCCAGAAAGCUCGGAUCCUCAGACGACAAGAGAGAAACUGCCCAUGUGGAUACACACCCGGGAGGGACGAGGUGGAAUCCAACCCAAGAGCAAAUAGGUAUACUAGAAAUGCUGUACAGAGGGGGCAUGAGGACUCCAAAUGCUCAACAAAUUGAACAAAUCACGGCACAGCUGGGAAAGUAUGGAAAGAUAGAGGGGAAAAAUGUGUUUUACUGGUUCCAAAACCACAAAGCACGCGAGAGGCAGAAGCAAAAGCGCAAUAAUCUCGGCCUUAACCAUAGUCCAAGAGCUCCUGGUGUCACCACCACCACUACCAUUAGUAGUUCUUUAACACAUGAGUCAAGGGGAGACUUUGGGAGAGAAGAAGAUAGUCCUUACAAGAGAAAGUGCAGGUCAUGGACUUUUGAAUGCUUGGAAGAGGACAAGAGAUAUUGUAGAAAUGAGGGAGAUAGGACCCUAGAACUCUUCCCAUUGCACCCAGAGAACAGAUGAAAACUUCAAGGCAAAAUUCAAGAAUCUUUCAUCUCGGUUUCAGUUGUAAUUUGCUUAAUUUCAUGCAGUACUUUUCUUGCUUUUUUUCUUUCUUUGUUUCGGGAAAGAAGAAAGACAAGUAUUGUAUCUUUGUACCCUGAUCAUGAUCCUGAUCCUCCUUAUUCUGUUCCUAACCUGAAACCAAAGUGUUUCUGUCUCUCGUUGGAAAAUGUUGCUACUACCACGACUCUUUUUU